AUGUCUUACUCACUUUUGAAUCCCAAGCAGAAAGUGGCACACGAAGAAACUUGGCCAGCAACACUGGGUAGAAGGACAAGUUCACUGAAACCAUGGAUGACUGCCCUUAUUGUCACAGCUGUUGUGUUGGUUCUAUCAAUAAUCAUCGGUCUCCUUGUGUAUUUUUUGGCAUUUGAUCAGAAAUAUUACUAUUACCAAACCUCCUUCCAGAUCCCCAGUAUUGAAUAUAAUCCUGAAUUUUCAGUUGAACACUCAAAAAUUAGAACAGACCUGAAACAAAAAGUCAAUAAUGAGAUAGAUCAGAUAUUUCGAAGAUCCAGUUUAAAUCAUUAUUACAUCAAGUCUCAUGUUGUCACUCUCAGGUCAAGUAAUGAUGGUUUGAAAACAGAUGUAUUGCUUAAAUUUCAGUUUGUUUCUAACAAUGCAGACACAAUAAAAAGGCAAGCUGACAACAUUUUGCAUCAGAAGCUGAUAUUAAAUGACAGCUUCUUGAAGACAGAUACUUCAUUACCUCAUCUUAGAGAUAUGAAUGAAGCACAAGCAGAGCACAUUCUGAACAGCUGUUGUGGUAGAGGGAGAGAGUUUCCAUCCAUGGAACGAAUUGCUGAAGGUUAUCCUGCAAAAAGAGCUGAUUGGCCAUGGCAAGCCAGCCUGCAAAUGGACGGCAUCCAUUUCUGUGGUGCGUCUUUGAUCAGUGAGGAGUGGCUCCUGACUGCUGCUCACUGCUUUGACAUUUACAAAAACCCCAAACUCUGGAUGGCUAGUUUUGGAACAACUCUCAGCCCUCCUCUGAUGAGAAGAAAGAUACAAUCAAUUAUCAUUCACAACAACUAUGCUACCCAUAAGCAUGAUGACGACAUUGCUGUGGUGAAGCUUUCCACCCCCGUCCUCUUUUCCAAUGAUGUGGGCAGAGUCUGUCUCCCAGAUGAUACUUUUGAAGUCUUGCCUCAGAGUCCAGUGUUUGUCACUGGAUGGGGAGCAUUAAAAGCUAAUGGUCCUUUUCCCAAUACUCUGCGACAAGUUGAAGUAGAGAUCAUAAGUAAUGAUGUAUGUAAUCAAGUUCAUGUAUAUGGUGGUGCUGUAUCAUCAGGAAUGAUAUGUGCUGGAUUCUUGACAGGAAAGCGAGAUGCCUGUGAGGGUGAUUCUGGAGGACCUCUGGUUAUAGCACGUGAUAGAAACUGGUAUCUUAUUGGGAUAGUAAGCUGGGGAAUAGACUGUGGAAAAGAAAACAAGCCUGGACUUUACACCAAAGUGACUUGCUAUCGGGACUGGAUUAAAUCUAAAACCAACAUCUAAUGCAACAAUCACCUGUACAUCCAAAAUGUUAAUGUGGUCGCUAGCAAAUUGUUUUGCUAGAAUGUGUUGCUAUGUAUAUUGUCAUUGAGUUCAAGAUGCAAAUAAGCAUGAACGGACAACAUUCCCCUUAAACAUGAGGAAAGCAGACUUUCUUUUACAUCAUCUGAAAUGUUUUGCUAACCUGAACAUACAAGAUAUCAUCAACUCCACAAUGAUCUGCCAUUGCUGCUAAGUGUCUCCCAUGAUCUCCUUGCUCAUUUUUCUGUUCCUACUCAUUUAAAAUGAGAACAAUCCAGUUUAAUCAGACAAGUACCAAUUGGCUAAGCAUUCUCUAUUUUUCUUCCCCGACAGGGCACACUGCCCUUCCCUGACUCCACAGUUUUCAUGUUCCUCACCAAAUAAUCUUCAUUAAGAAUCUGUAGGUUCACUGUACUAGACAAAUCAAGGUAAUUAGUUCUGGCCAAUGUGAACACAAAUGAUGGAGGGGCACUAGGCAUAAAACUGGGACUUAAGAGAUGGCCCUCCUAUCAGCCCUUUCCCAUUUGUCCUCACAUGCACAUUCACCUCUCUCUGAGACUUGAAAAACAUUGACAUGACAGUGUAGAUUUUAAAGUGUAAACAACUACCUAAUAUUUGCUUUGGAACAAUAGAUAAAUCUGUGUACCAGACAGGAAAACUGAAAACACUGCCUAGCACAGAUUCUGUGCUACCCUACCUAAAAAUUCCUUUUUUUUUUUUUUUUUUUGUAUUUAGAAAAUAAAGAGAAAGUUUCUUGGUCUUUUUGUUAGAUGGAAAUGAGAAGAUAAAAGGACUCUGUGAGAAGGAGCUCCUUUCCAUCUCUAAAAAUGAGAGAUGUUCCAAACCUGGUAUAAAUUAACUUUUCACUUAUGUUUUAUUAUAUCUUACUGCAUUUUCUUUUCUAAAUAGCUUUAUUUUCAAUCAACUUCAGAACAAGUAAAGGACCCACAGAAUAAGAAGCCAAUAUAGAUAUUCAUAAAUCAUUUACAUGAGAAGCCAAUAUAAAAUUAGAUAUUCAUAACCAAUUUGAUAUAAGAUUUUGGAAAAGAUCUGAUUGUCUAAUAUUUAAAUUUACUGUUAAAAAUGGCUGGCAUUCUUUAUAGUAUUUUUGGAGAAUACUCAAAUAAUCCAGAAAGCAUCUUUGGAGAGAUUUAACUUAUAUGACAAAAUAGUCAUUUUCAUAUGUAUUUAAAUGUAUAUUUCCUGACACUAUAUAUGACUAUGGACUAGUAUUCAACAAAACUCAAACUUUUUCUGUGCUUCUAAACCUUUGCUCCCCCUGUUAUGAUUAAUUUGGCUAAUGAAAUAACUGCUGUGCUAAGAUUUUCUUCUGAGUUUUAUAUCAGCUGAGAGUCU